ACAAGGGGGAGUGGGUUAGCCGCAAAGUUGCCACAAUGCUGUAAACUUUGACUUUAGAUUUUAAUUACACAUUACAUUUCACAUUAAGCUGGCCACCAACACUUGUGCAGUAAAUUCAGUUCAGGGCUUUUAGCUUUAUCUUCAGUGAGUUCACUAUCCUAAAGCUUCUCACUGCCGCUGGUCAACACAACGAGAGAGCAUGGAUCCUGAAGGAAACCCAAACGGUUCAGAUGGAGAGAUUGCCAUUCCAGACCCGAACCCUAAAUACCAGAGAUGUUUGAGGAGCCUCAAUGUGCUCACCACGAAGUUUGUCAGGUUGUUACAAGAAGCUGAAGGCGGAGUAUUGGACCUUAAAGAUGCUGUCAAACUCCUGGCUGUUGGGCAGAAAAGGCGAAUCUACGACAUCACAAAUGUGCUAGAGGGCAUUGGUCUGAUUAUGAAAAUUUCCAAGAGUAUUGUAAAGUGGAUUGGUGCAUUGCCGGUAGAAAACGUACUGGAGUUAUCCAACAGACAGAUACACUUAAAGUCUGAGCUGGAGGACUUGGAGCAGAAGGAAUGUAUGUUGGACCAGCAGAAAUUCUGGGUCGAACAGAGCAUCAGGAACACAACAGAAGAUUGCAGCACUCUCACCUAUGUGAAUCAUGAGGAUAUCUGCAACUGCUUCAGCGGCCACACUCUUUUGGUAGUACGUGCACCUUCUGGCACACAGCUCGAUGUUCCCAUACCCAAAGCUGUCCAGAACAGCCCGGCAAAGUAUCAGAUUCACCUGAAAAGCAUCAAUGGACCCAUAGAUGUCAUACUUCUUAACAAACACUCAAUCACCUCUUCCCCUGUGGUGCUGCCAGUUCCACCGCCUGAAGAAAUUUUACGGAACGCCAAGUUAGCUAUGUCUACUAGAGAUGAGACAGAGCGCAACACUGCACCUUGUCAGGCUGCAGCUUACUCCAAACGCAACAUUAAAUCUAGACAGACGACCUUGGAGGACGCACAGGCUCUUCAGUCAUCAUCCUUGAUGAACGCAGCGCCUAACAAAACUGAUGCAUCUGCAUUGCAAGGUUUAUCAAAAGAAAUGGAAGACUUACUAGACCCUAACAAAAAAAUUAUGGAUGCUGAUCUAAUCACAGAGCUCAUAGCCUCUGAAGUUUUUUCUCCACUCCUCCGCCUGUCUCCUCCCCCUACUGAACAAGAGUAUGCCUAUAAUCUGGAUGACAGUGAAGGCCUGUGUGACCUCUUUGACAUCCCUCUGCUGAAUGUUUGA